GAUCCUUUUACAAGCAAAAGCAGUCGGUCCCAGCGGUUCGCGACAGUGGCUUUGGGUUUCUUGUUCUCCAAUUCUCCGGCUCCAAAAUAGCGAACAAAGAGCUUUCUGAAUAAUCUGAAUGCUGCAAUGGAGUUUAUUGUAGAAGAAGGCAAACACCUCAACAACGAUUGCUCCACUCUUGUUCUGCCUGCUUUGUCGAUUGGAAAUGUAGGGCAGUUGGCGGUGGACCUCUUGAUCUCGUCUACGAGAGCGGAGAGAAUAGGUUAUUUGGAUGACCCUUAUGUGCUACCUUGUGUUGGCAAUGAUGCAUAUGGCCCUAUACCACGAGGCGAGGUUGCUCUGCCUCUCGAAGCUUAUGAUUCUUCUCUUAAUAAAUUGACACUUGUCCAACAAAGAUCUCCAGUUCUUAAGGGGAUGAUGGUUGAAUUUGCUAAGAAUUUGGCUUAUUUUGCUGCUGACAGUGGGAAGAAGCAUGUUAUUGUGCUCUCUAGCCUAGAUUUUGGGCAGUGGCAAAGGAUUGAUAUGUCAAGUGGUUCACAGAUAUAUUACAUCUCCAGUGCCAAUAUGGAUGGAGCAGACGAUGACUGUGAAAAACUAGGGUGGAAAAAAUUACAUGAAUAUAACCCUGCUCAGAGGCGAUGGAAGUAUCUUAGUACAUUAGCUGCAGGAAAUGCUAUGCAGGAAGAUGGUUUGGCUUUUGAAGAUGAACUUGAAGACGAAGAAGAUUACUACCCAAGUUUGCCAUUUGCUGCACUUUUAUCUUGUUUUAAGGCCAAAGGUUUGAAGGUAACUUGCUUAUUAUGUUACUGCUCAGAAGGGGACAAUAUACCUGAUGCUUUCAAUCUGGCUGACGCGGCAUGCAAACUUCUUGAGCUUAGCCCCCAAAAUUUCCAUGGUGAUCAAGGUGGUAAUUGGGCUAUUCCAUUUUCAUGGAAGACUGUUUAUGGGCCACCCCCAGAUAUGUCUCUCUUUUAGGGUUGAUGAUCCAAUGACCUACAUAGAUAAGGUUUGGAAGGAUGGAAAGCUGGUGCACCUUCGUUCUUUGCCAUCUUUGUAUUUCAAGUGUUGAGAAUAUACUAAGUACCUUUUUUAUCAAGGUAAAACAACACGUACAGAAAUGAGAUGGAAUGAAAGGUCACUCAUCUAAGAUUAUUGAUAUAUUGAUUCAGGUAGUCA